AUGACUGCAGAACUAGAUGAGAUUCAUGAUGACUUCGAACGCGACUCCAAUUUCGAAAACGACGAACCGGAGAAAGAAGAACACCAGCCACCUCCCCGAAAGCGCCAGCGUACUAUCACCAAGCCUAACAAGAAUGCACCUCGCAAGAAGCAGGUCCGAGGAAAGCAAGGCGGUCUCGCCGAUCUUAUCAAUAUGCCUAUUGAUAUAUUCACUGAGAUCGCAGCCCAUCUUCUUCCGAUCGAUAUCAUCAACUUGGCGCGAUCGAACAAGUUCUUCCGAAGCUUAUUGAUGCAUCGGACGUCGAUCCAUAUUUGGAACGGCGCUAUGAAAAAUAUCGAGGGCCUUCCACCGUGCCCUCCAGGCAUGAGCGAGCCGCGCUACUUGUCAUUGCUGUUCUCAAAAACCUGCACAAAGUGCGGUGGCCCCGCCAGAGGGAAGAUGGACCCUAACCUUUUGGUCCGACUUUGUGGAUCCUGCCGUGGUGUGCAUCUGAUGCCUUUGGAGCUCGUGCCCUCUAUACUUAUGCCCAUGGUCCAUUACUCUGGAAGUAUUGCGCCUCUAAAGAGACGUUCAAUCGGAUACACAUUAUGCGAGGACAUCUCUGAUCUUUUGGCUCAAUAUCAGGAAAAGAAACAAGCGAGUAAUGCAGAUGAGCUGGAAGCAUGGUCAAACGAGAUGAGGAAAGCCGUGCACAACCGUCAAAAUCAAGCCCAAGCUCUCAGGGGUUUCCUUGUCACGCUUGAACUUGAGCGUGAACAAGAACUAGGAGACGCAAAGGAAGCACGCCGAUCAGAGAUUAAACGGCGGCUUGGAGAAAUGGGAUGGGCAGAGGAAGAUAUGAACUUUGGAUGGUGGUCUGACAACCCACGCACAUGGCACGAUUUGGUAUCGCAACCUAAACCAUUGACGGAGCGCAUAUGGGCAAAUAUCCGGCCGAAGCUGAUUCCCCUCCUAGAGGACAAUCGUGAACGGCGCUUAGAGAUGGAGCAGCCGGCACUCGACGUCUCUCAUCGCGAUGCAUUCCCUGACUUUGCCCACACUCUCAAUUGGUCCAUAGUCAAGGAUAUAUUUGAAACAGAUGCGACCGAGGAGGAGAUGGAAGUUAAAUUUGGACAACAUCGGGAUGAAAUUCGAGCUCUGAUCACUGAAUGGAAGGACCAAGUCCAUACCCGACUGGCGAGCUCGGUUCGAAACGCAUUCGAGGAGAGGAAUGAGCCCCUUCGACCCACAAUCUCAGUGUUCAACGAGGAACCCGACACUCUUGCCAAUAUUUCGGACAACCUCAAGCUUCUUCUACGCGCUGACAGCUUUUUCCGCCGUUCCGGGUUGUCCAGCCUUUCAAAGCAGCCAUUAGGAUAUAGUAUGAUUCUGUCUAUGAAAGAUUUAGUAGGGUCCCAUUCUCCGUAUGCCAGCGAAACCCCUCGGGAACUCCCAACCUUCAACGACAUCGAGUGGCAAGCCCGAUGCGUCCCAUCUGGAGAUGAAGAAAGUUGGGUCUGCGUUCGUUUGUGGAAGGUGUCAUGCAGUUGGAUCGAUGUCGUGGGAAGCGAUAAACACAAACAGAUUUAUGCCAAAAUUCAAGAGGCUGCAUCUGGUUUGUCAGAACGAGGAAUUGUCUACAACGAUGUCCACGACCCCGAACUCUUUACCGAUAAACCGAUGAUCACAGAUUAUGCUACCAAAGCGCUAGAAACUGGGACUGGCAUUGUCCUGAGUCCGGUCCAAGUCUGCAAGCUGUGCGAAGAUAUCCCAGCUGCUACAGCAGUUAUUACAAUCCCGCCAAGGAUGAAGAAGCACCUCUUGGACGUACAUGGAAUCGCCGAACCUAAAAUCAACGAGCACUACAUCUCCCGGAACUGGAACAACAGGCUACCGGGAAUGGACGAUUCGGACUCGGACGAUAGUUAUUCCAUGGGUUACGGUGGUUGCAGUUGUCCUUUCCAUCAAAUGAUGGGUGGGCUUAUGUACUCCGAUGAAGAGGACGAAUAUGGGUACGAAGAAGAUGAUGGCGGGUUCGGGCUUGGCUUGGGGUUAGGAUUGGGGUAUAGCGAUGACGACGACGAUGACGGUGAUGAUAUGGUCGAUUACUGGUAA